GUCGUCUUUGUCUGCUCAGCCGCGCUUCCGUCACCGUUUGUUUGCCGUUCACGUUCGCGGCUUCGUUCGCGUUCUUCGCCGUUCACGUUCGCUCGGCGUUCACUGUUCGCGUUCACUCGCCGUUCACCGUUUGAGUUCGCAUUCGUGUUCGUCUGGAAGCCACGUUGCUCUGCUUCAAACACUGCGACCAACCCGCGCGCUCCACCUAGCCGUCGAACUGCUCUCUUUUGUCGCCGCCGUUCUCAAUGACAAUUGAUAGUUCAACCAUAAUAUUUCUGAUUCAUUCUUCUAAAUAAUGGUCUACGCGGUGUCAUUUCCUGGUGUUCAUUUUGUUCCAUUGGGAAGAAUUCUGUGCAGACAUAACAGAUUCAUUUUAGCUGCACAUUCAAAUAGGAGAAGAUCAACAAAGAAUGUCCAGCUUCCACGACGUGCCAAGCAACCUCCAGAGUUUGGCGUUAAUCUGUUCUUGAAGAAGCCUAGCGCCACCCCUGAAACAACUGAGGAAGAUACUGAUUUCCGUGAAGGAGGAUCUAUUGUUGCCAACGAAGAGGAAGAAGAGGAAAAAGAAAAUACUAUUGUUCUUUGGGAAUCUGAUGAGAUUGAAGCCAUCUCUUCCUUGUUUCAAGGGAGAAUCCCACAGAAGCCUGGAAAAUUAGAACGGAAAAGACCUCUUCCACUUCCAGUUCCCUACAAGCUUCGACCCUUGGGACUACCUACACCAAAACGACUAGUGAAAUUAGCAGCACCAGCAGUAGCUUCAUCCCGUGCUUCUAUGGCUAAGAAAGUGUAUAAGAGCCCAAGUUUCCUAGUUGGGUUAGCAAGAGAGAUCAAUAAGCUUAAACCAGACAAAGAUGUAUCUAUAGUUCUUGGAAAAUGGGUGCAGUUCCUAAGGAAGGGAUCCUUAUCAAUGACAAUACGGGAAUUAGGUCAUAUGGGGCUCCCUGAGAGAGCUUUGCAGACAUUCAAUUGGGCACAAAAGCAACAUCAUCUCUACCCAGAUGAUUGGAUUCUGGCCUCAACGGUUGAAGUUUUGGCCAGGAACCAUGAGUUGAAGAUUCCAUUCAACAUCGAAAAGUUCACUGCUUUGGCAAGUCGUGGUGUUUUGGAGGCAAUGAUAAAGGGUUUCAUUAAAGGCGGAAACCUUAAGCUUGCAUUGGAGGUUCUUUUAGUUGCAAGAAGGGACAAAAGAAUGUUGGAUCCAAGCAUUUAUGCGAAACUGAUAUUAGAACUUGGAAAGAACCCUGAUAGACACAAGUAUGUAGAGUCAUUAUUAGAUGAACUUGGAGAAAGAGACGAAUUGAAUCUAAGCCAGCAAGAUUGUACAGCUAUAAUGAAAGUGUGCAAUAAGUUAGGGAAAUUUGAAUUAGUCGAGAGCCUGUUUAGCUGGUUCAUACAGUCCAGUUCCGAACCAAAUGUUGUCAUGUUCAGUUGUUUGAUUCACAGCCGCUACACGCAGAAGAAAUACAGGGAGGCAUUGGCUGUAGUUUGGGAAAUGGAGGCUUCAAACUGCCUCUUUGAUCUUCCGGCUUAUCGUGUGGUGAUAAAGCUGUUUGUUGCUUUGAAUGAUCUACCUAGAGCUGUGAGAUAUUUUUCAAAGCUUAAAGAAGCAGGAUUUUCUCCCACUUAUGGCAUAUACAAGGACUUGCUUGGAAUCUACAUGGCCUCCGGAAGAAUGGCAAAGUGCAAGGAUAUCUGCAAGGAGGCAGAGGAAGCAGGAUUCAAGCUGGAUAAAUAUUUGGCCUCACCCGAUUUGUUGAAUCAAAAGCAAUAGGUUUUCAUAUUCUUGCAGCUUCUAGUUGUUUAUAUCAAUUCUUAAUCCUUCUUCAUACUGUGAUGGCUACUAUGCCAUUAUAAGCUUCCAUGUACAUUCUGUUAUCAAGGAUGAGGGGUAGAAAAAUUUGUAGUAUACAAGUGAAUUGUAAAAACCACUUGUAUCUAUUAUGUAUCUCCAUAUGUAUGAAAGUAUGACCAUAAUAAUGUUGAUAUUAUUAAC